AUGCAGGCUUGUCGUGGACGUUGCCUAAUAUUGUACGGUUCUCAAACUGGGCAGUCUAAAGCGGUUGCUGAAAUUCUUGCCGAAAGAUGUCGACGGCUAGGACUGGAAACUGCGUUGUUCGAACUUGACGACCGCGGAGCAUUUAUUUAUAAUGAUGUUUUUAAGUUCCGCAUUGAGCAAGAGCCGUUGGUCAUCGUCAUCUGCUCCUCCACUGGUAGUGGUGAUCCUCCAGAUAACGCAGUACGGUUUAUGAGAUGGAUCUCUCGUCGGAACCAGCCAGAAGAUUUGUUGCAAUCAACCUCUUUCAUGUUAUUAGGUUUGGGUGAUUCGAAUUAUACUAGUUUUCAAGGCGUACCGCGUAAAAUAGAAAAGUGCUUGUUACGUUUAGGAGCGAAGAAGCUGGUAGAAACUGGAUUUGCUGACGAUCAAGUUGGCUUGGAAGUUGUUGUUGAGCCGUGGUUAGACAAGGCGAUUCUGAGGAUUGGUGAUUGGUUUCAGUUACCCUCUAAAGAAAUAAAAGAACUUAUCACUACUUCUAUACAGGCAUCGGAAGAUAAAUCUCGGACACUUGAGCGGCUAAAAAUUUCCACAACUGAGUUGGGUAAAAAAAUGGAGGAACCCGAAGAUAUGAGCUACGAGGAGGAGGAGGACGAAGAAGAAGCGGAGCUGGAGGAGGUGGUGCUGAAGCCGACUAAAACCGUAUGGCCUACUGGAUCUCCGUCUUUAGUCAAAGGGACUGAGAGUCUUACCAGCGCGGAACUUCAAGUCCCAGUCCCUCAAAUGACCUAUUUGGCCUCAAGUGUUACUCAUGAGAAAUUUGAUUCAGGUACGGCACUGUGGCAAAACGGAUUUCGUUUUCCUGGAGCAAUUCAGGAAGUCUUCAUUGCGAGAGUUGUUGGCACUAUAGAGUUGACAAAACCUGGAGCCGCAAAGAUGAAGCGUGAAAUCCAUAUUGAUGUUGGGGAUUUAGUGGAAAAAAUCAAUUUUGAGCCUGGAGAUGCACUAUAUUUUAUAGUUCCAAAUCCUAGAGAAGAAGUGAACUUGAUUUUAGAAAGAAUGAACCUUUUAACUGUUGCCAAUCAGAAAUGCUUGAUUCGUGUUCAUCCGCGCACUGAAAAGAAGGAUGCAGCUUUACCAGGUUAUAUUCCGGAAAUCAGUUCUUUGCGUGAAAUAUUUACGUAUUGUUUGGAUAUAAGACGAUCGCCGAGCAGGCCACUUUUGCGUUGUCUCGCAGAAACAGCAAAGGAUGCUGGUGAAAAAAGGAGGCUUUUAGAACUUUGCAGCGCUCAGGGUACAAGUGAUUUUACCACUUAUGUUCGACAGGCUGGUAUAUCGCUGGCUGACCUUCUCUUUGCCUUUCCAUCGUGUCGGCCUUCUGCGGAUCGUCUUAUAGAAUUACUACCCAGACUUCAACCGCGACCUUAUACCAUUUGUUCUACAAAGGCCUCAUGGGGGUCGAGAUUGCGGUUUAUUUACUCAUUAAUGCCGUUUCAAGUAAGUGAAGGGCGUCAAUAUCAUCGUUACGGCCUUUGUUCUGGAUGGUUGUCGACGUUGAAGAUUGGUGACAAUGUCAAAGUUUUAUUGAAAGAACCAGCAAGAUUCCGCCUGCCACCUCCUUCAGUCAAAAAUGUAGAUAUACGAAAAAUUCCUCUAAUUAUGAUUGGUCCUGGUACAGGGAUCGCUCCUUUUCUCUGUUUUCUUGAACAUAUUUACAAUCAGAAGUCUGAUGAUACUAAAGAAGAUGUAACUCGGGAAUUGUAUUUCGGUUGUAGGCGUUUCGACGUUGACUGCAUUUGUAGGAGGGAGAUGGAGUUCUUUGAAAAAGUGGGCGUUCUAACCCAUCUUGAUCUUUGUGAGUCUCAACCACGAGAUGAAGGUAGUAAUGCUACACCAAGAUACGUUCAAGAUGCCCUUUUACUUCGAGGAAAACAGAUUGCCGAUAUGAUAAGUGGUUCGACCACAAGCAGUGAACAACCAGCACGUAUUUAUGUUUGUGGCGAUGCAAAGGGAAUGGCAAAAGACGUCUUUUCCACUUUUAUUCGAAUAAUUCAUGAGCAUACAGGGAAGACUGAAGAGGAAGCCAGGCAGUUUAUGGAAACGUUGGUUAAAGAAGAUCAUUACCUAGAGGACGCUUGGGCUUAA